AUGCCUAAACGGCGGCGUGGCAGCACAACAUGCGAAUCAGACUCAUUCAGCGAACGUCUAAGUGAGGAAGAUUCUGACCUAUCCUUUUCCGAUGUUCCAACGCGAAGAAAGGCACCAAAAUCGACACGUAAAACACGAACAUCAUUUCAACCACCAAAAAUAGCGGAAAACGACGCGUCUUCGACAGCCCCCACACAUUCUAUCUCUACACAUGUCGUUGCGGAUUCGGAGAUAGAUGAAGUUCGGGCGUCCUUGCUUGAGUGGUACGAUAAAGUUCACGACGUCCGAGGAAUGCCAUGGCGAAAGCGAUACGAUCCUUCGCUAGGGGGAGAGGGUAGGGCCCAACGGGCAUACGAGGUUUGGAUAUCUGAGAUCAUGCUCCAGCAGACACAGGUGGCGACUGUGAUACCAUACUAUAACAGAUGGAUGGCAAAAUUCCCCACUAUUGCACAUCUAGCAGGAUCAGAUAUCGAGACGGUUAACGGCCUUUGGAAAGGUCUUGGUUAUUACUCGCGAGCAGCACGGCUUCUACAAGCUGCUCAAAAAGUCGUUAAGGAGCUUGAUGGCCGUCUUCCUGACAAUGCAAAGGACAUGCAAGCGAAGAUUCCGGGUGUCGGCCGGUAUAGCGCCGGUGCCAUUUGUUCGAUUGCUUAUAAUGAAUGUGUUCCCGUGCUGGAUGGGAAUGUUCACAGAUUACUCAGUCGAUUCUUAGCACUCUAUGCCCCUCCGAAAGGAAAGCAGACCCUGGAUGUACUGUGGGCUGGAGCUACGGCUUUCGUCCAGAAUUCUUCGCGGCCUGGUGACAUUAACCAAGCUUUGAUCGAGCUUGGAAGCACGGUUUGUAAAGUGCGAGAGCCUGCAUGCUCCGGAUGCGCGAUAAGUUCAUGGUGUCGGGCGUACAAACGAACUCAGGGUGCUUCUACGGAACUGGGCGUGACACUGGUAUUGAAGCAUCGUGCACUCUAUGCGAAACCGCUCCCAGCAGAUGAUAGGGAGGCUGGCCUCGUUACUAUAUAUCCGAUGAAGGUUGAACGAAAAAAGGCAAGAGAGGAGUUGGACAUCGUUCACGUCAUCGAGUGGCGUAAGGAAUACAAUUCCCAACGAUGGUUCAUACUAGUUCGUCGCCCAGAAGGGGGUCUUCUGGCCGGAUUGCACGAGUUUCCUACAGUGCCAGCCGUCUCGGAUUCACUAUCCACAUGCGGAAAUGACCCAGAGAUCGUGGGCAAGGUGCUAUUUAACUUGUUUGUAAACCCACCGCCUCCUUUCUUUAAGGAACCGAAUGCCCAGGAAGUUGGCUGUGGGAACAAGGGGGCGCUUCGAGUGGCCAUGAUCAAGCCUGUGGGAGAUGUUGUACACGUCUUCUCUCACAUCAAGAAGACCUAUCGCAUUCAGUGGGUAAUUCUCGAAGGUGGAGGUGAUAAGCCACCAGAGCUGCAGAGCGAAUCAUGUCUAUCGACCGUACCCACCCGUGAGAUGAUCGAGGGAAAUGGGAAGGACAAACGGAGAAAGGUCUCACGCACGCCUAAGGGUGGUAAUGCGAACACCACACCCCAGUGGGUGCCCUUAGAAGAGGUUGAGAGUGCUAAUAUCGGAACUGGUGUAAUGAAAGUAUGGAAACUUACGAAGGCCUUAUGGGAAUAA